UAGAAAAUCAAAAUUCAUUUCCAUGGUUAAAUCAAACGCCUUGCAAGUUUUGGAGUGGUAUAACUGUAUAAGGAUCACUUGAGUUUUGGCGGUGACAUUUCUGUGUAGGAUCUGAAAUAAAAUCCUCUUACCUCUCUAAUCUCAUCAACCAACCAAACACACUUCUUCAUCUUAAUACGCCAUUUCUGCAACCUUCAAACCUCCAUUUCCCCAAAUCGCAACAAUGUCUCUCAAUCUUCGCCAGAAACAAACAGAAUGUAUAAUCAGAAUGUUGAAUCUGAAUCAACCAGUGAAUUCAUCAACAGGAAUGGCAAACGAAGAAGUUUACAAGAUCUUGAUCUACGACAAAUCUUCUCAAGAUAUUCUCUCUCCUCUAAUCCAUGUCAAAGACCUACGUAAGCAUGGCGUCACUCUCUUCUUCCUCAUCGACAAACCUCGGAAACCUAUUCCCGAUGUUCCCGCCGUUUACUUCAUCCGCCCAGCUCCGGGAAACAUUCAACGCGUCGUUUCGGAUGCUGCUGUACCUCUAUACGACACGUUUCAUCUCAACUUCUCGUCUUCGAUUCCUCGUCCUUUGUUGGAGGAUCUAGCUUCUGGGCUUCUGAAAUCAAACGACGCCGUUUCUAGGGUUUCUAAGGUACAUGAUCAAUAUUUGGAUUUUGUUACUUUAGAGGAUAACUUGUUUUCGCUUGCUUAUAGUAAUUGUUAUGUGCAAUUGAAUGAUCCUAAAGCUGAACAAAGAGAAAUUGAGGAGAUUAUUGAGAAAGUUGUUGAUGGGUUGUUCUGUGUUUUGGCCACAUUGUCUGUGGUGCCGAUUAUUCGGUGUCCGCAAGGCGGGGCUGCCGAAAUGGUGGCGUCUGCCUUAGAUCAGAGGCUUAGGGACCAUUUGUUGGCUAAGAAUAAUUUGUUUAGUGAAGGUGGAAAUUUUGCCUCGUCGUUUCAGAGGCCGGUUUUGUGUUUGUUUGAUAGGAAUUUCGAGUUGGCUAUGGGGAUUCAGCAUGAUUUUAGGUAUAAGCCGCUUGUUCAUGAUGUGCUUGGAUUGAGGCUUAAUAGGGUGAGUGUGCAAGGAGAGAAGGGGGGGACUAAGUCGUUUGAGCUGGAUGGGUUGGAUCCGUUCUGGGUGGCAAACGGGGGGUUGGAGUUUCCGGAGGUGGCAGUUGAGAUUGAGAAUCAGUUGACCAAGUAUAAGAAGGAUGUGGAUGAUGUGAAUAGGAGGACUGGUGGCACUAGUGGGGCGGAGUUUGAUGGGACGGAUUUGAUUGGGAACACAAAGCAUUUGAUGAGUGCAGUUAACUCGCUGCCUGAGUUGACAGAGAGGAAGCAAGUGAUUGAUAAGCACACUAAUAUUGCAACCGUGUUGUUGGGUGAGAUUAAGGAAAGGUCGCUCGAUUCUUAUGCCAAAAAGGAGUAUGAUAUGAUGGUUAGGGGUAGUAUUGAUAUGAAUGAAUUGAUGGGUGUGUUUAAAGGGAAGGGUUCCAAGAUGGAUAAGCUCCGUUUUGCCAUCAUGUACCUUAUUUCUUUGGAGACUGUUCCACAAUCUGAAGCAGAAAUGGUGGAAACGGCACUCAAAGAAGCUGAGGUUGAUACUAGUGCAUUUCAGUACAUAAAAAAGAUAAAGUCAUUGAAUGUUCCAUUGACUUCUGCUAGUGCUGCAAGCAGAGGUAACAUAGUAGACUGGGCUGGAAAUCUUUUGGCUGCCGGUAUGAAGAAUCUUUUGUCUGGUGAUCGGCAGCUGGCAUUGGCAAGGAUAGUGGAAGCUUUGAUGGAAGGGAGACCUAACCCAGAGGUCGACUCCUAUGUGAUGUUUGAUCCUCGAGCUCCUAAGUCUAGUUCUGGUAGCCAUCUCAGAGGACCAUUUAAGGAGGCUAUUGUGUUUAUGAUUGGGGGAGGGAAUUACGUGGAACAUGCAAGCCUACAAGAGCUUGUGUCCCGUCAGCAGCCAGCCAAGCAUAUUAUAUAUGGAACAACAGAAAUUCUUACUGGGGCAGAGUUUGUUGAUCAACUUGCCUUAUUGGGAAAGAAGAUGGGAUUGGGAGCUAAUCCUGCUCCUUCAGCUCAUUGAUAAGUGUGAGGAGUUCAUUUGCUCUUCUGAAAAUUGGCGGACUUGGUUGGCAUCUAUUCCCAUCCUUUGUGCAGGGAAGUCAAACUAAGCUAGAAUAAUUUGGAUUUUUGAAGCAUCAGUCAUAAUUGAAUACAGUGAUAUGUUGAAGAUGUAUCGAAAAUAGUUUGCAAAAGUGAGUAGAUUUUUGCUCCUGAAUACUCUUCAUAAUUAAUCUCUUCUGAUGUAUAUGUGUGCUGAACAUGUCA